GAGCCUCCCUGAUGCGCUGCGGGCCAUGGCGGCGGGCGCUGCGCUGGCCCAGGUCCCCGACGUGGACAUCGACCCCGACGGCGUCUUCAAGUACGUGCUGAUUCGGGUGCACGCAGCGGCAUCCUCCGGCUCCCCGGCCGAGGAGAAGGAAAUCGUGCGCGGCUACAAGUGGGCCGAGUACCACGCCGACAUCUACGACAAGGUUUCGGGCGAGCUGCAGAAGAAGGGCUUCGACUGCGAGUGCCUGGGCGGGGGGCGCAUCUCCCACCAGGGCACGGACAAGAAGAUCCACGUCUACGGCUACUCCAUGGGCUUCGGGCGCGCCCAGCACUCCAUCUCCUGCGAGAAGAUCAAAGCCAUGUACCCGGGCUACGAGGUCACCUGGGCGGACGAAGGCUACUGAGACUGGCCAGCUCCAGCAGCGCCUUUGGACUCUGCACUCCUGGGGACCCUCUUGGGGGCUG